CUGGACAAGGAGCACCAAACGAUCGCUGGACGGUGCUGAGCAACGUGGUUGACUCCUUCCGUUUCUCCGUGCUCUCCAGUCCGAGCGCGACCAGUCAGGACUCAGCUGUCCUGUCGACACGACACGCGAUCCACGCGAUCGAUCGGAAACACCACGCGGGAACAACUACCCGAUCGACCCGCGGCAACACCAUCCUCCAGCAUCCGUACCACGCCAAUCGCGCAGGAUACACACAGGAUCGCGCGUACAUCUACCAAUCCGAAGAUUGAUCGUCGCAUGGUCCUUCCGUUGCUUCGUCUUCUGGUUCGAGUGACGACGCAGUUCGCUGGCAGCACGAUCUCUAGUCAGAAAUAUCGCGAGAAGAGUUGCAGAGGAAUAAUAAUCGUCGACGUUCGCCGCGUGACACGCGCGCGCACAAUCAGCGAGGGAAGCGGGUGUCGCGAUCUGUCGCUCGAACACGUGGUCGCCACGAGGCACGCUGUUGGAACCGGAGAUCCUCGACAAACGCCAUCAGGAUGUACGAUCGGACGUUUCGAUCUGGAUACUCGUAGAGCCGACGAUCCGGACGAAGAUCGAUGAACGAGGAAGAAGAAGAGUGCUCGAGUGUGAGGAUAGUGUGCUGUUGGUUGAAAACGGAGUGCCCUCCUCGCUUUCCCUCUUCGCUUUCUUCUACCUCUUCUUCUUCUUCCUCCCUUGACUGACUGACUCUGUCUUCUCUUUCUCUCUCGCGGAGCUGUGGUGAACUGUUACGAACGCGUGAUCGAGGGGGAAAAAAAGAAGGAGAAAAAAAAAACGGAGAAAGAGGGAAAACGAGUUUGAUCAGUAACCGGGCGAAAAUCGAUCGCAACGAAACAAGUGAGGAAAGUGAGAAACCGUAACCGCCGGAAGUUACACGCCAGCUGCCCCCGGCUUCAAGGUCAUGGAAUGACGCACAAGAUCAUUCCGAGCGACGAGCAGGAGCAAAGCCGAGGGUGACAGAAGCGGUGUGAUGAGCGGAUAUCUCGGUAACAUUCCCCUGCCCCCAACGUUGUUGCACGACCCGAAGUAUCCUCCAGCCAUGCGGGAGAAAGACUCGAGUCCGAGAAAAAUGCCGGGCCACAUCAGCCCGAAGCAAGCCAGCAUCUACCCGUUGAGCGUUCGCGUGCCGGACGUCGAAGAGCUGCCAUACGAUUUGAGCCACGGUCACGGCCGUGGCCUGUCGAGUCCCACGAAUCAACAGCAACAUCGUCAACAGCCCCAUAUGAGCCCUGCGGCCAGGCCGCCUCAGUCGCAUCACCAGGAGGAUCUCGACUGCGAGCCGCUGGAUCUUCGCGUCGAUCACAAGAAGGAGAGACUCAUGGACGAGAAUCAGAACGAGAUCGAAGUUCUGAAUCAGAACAGCCUCGGCGGGAGUCUUCCCUACCACACGGUCCUGUUCCCGCAGCAUCAUGCCGUUCAUCCGUUGGUCCUCGAGGCCAUGUAUCGGUCGCAUCAUCACAGUUCGCCGGUCCCUGACCUGCCUAAAAUUCAAGUCCGCGCGUUGCCCACGAUGGUACCGUUGCCACCGAACAGAUUCUCUUCCACAACAUCCUCCACGUCGUCCUCGUCGUCUCAGGCUGCCACGAGAGUACCAAGCCCCACCGGCGGCCAGCAACAUCAGCAACCGCAGCAGCAAAGUCACUCGAGUCAGCAGCCGCAGCAACAGCACCAACCGGCGUCCAACCUUCCACCCUACUCGAUCAGCGUUCAAGCCGGUUUAAAGCCGAAAGACAGAUACUCGUGCAAGUUCUGUGGCAAGGUGUUCCCCAGAUCGGCAAACCUGACGCGUCACCUGAGGACGCACACCGGCGAACAGCCGUACAAGUGCAAGUACUGCGAGAGAAGCUUCAGCAUCUCCAGCAAUCUCCAGCGUCACGUCAGGAACAUCCACAACAAGGAGAAACCAUUCAAGUGCCCGUUGUGCGAACGAUGUUUCGGCCAGCAGACGAACCUGGACAGACACUUGAAGAAACACGACGCCGACGGGCCGACGAUACUGGACGAGGUUAGGUCGAGGUACCACGGACAAUUGCCGAGAGCGGACGAGUCCUACUUCGAGGAAAUUCGCAGCUUCAUGGGCAAGAUCACCUCGCAGAGGCAGGGGAUACCGUACUUCCCUGGGCUGCUGGGUCACGGUGGAGACGACUUCAGGAACGACAAGCAACAACUUCAACUGGAAGAGAAGAGGGGCGAUUCUUCCUACUUCAGCGACAGGGACAACCUGAGCUCAAGGUCGAGCAGCACUGCCAGCAGACCCGAGAGCGUGCAAGAGGAACAGCGGGACGUUACUUCGCCGCCGCUUUCCCCGGGAAACAACACCUGAGUCGAAGAAUCCGAUCGUACGUCCGACGAGAGUGUGCCUCGUCGGCUACGAUUAAUUAGAGAUCGAAGUAUCCUUGAAUCGAUACGGCGAAUUCCUACGGGAUUCCAAGCUUCGCGGAUGUUGCACCGAGUUUCGUCCGGUGGGGGAUCGAACAUUAAAUUCGCUCGCUUAGCAGCGAAGAUUUUGAUCCGCGAGGAUUAGUGUAAAUCUUACCGUCGACGAAUUACUUUCACGCAAUGGAUUACUUUCCCUAGUUUCACUGUAAUUCUUACUCGUGUAAUUCUAAUACUUUGCUAUUCGGUGUUCAGACGUGGGUCAAACGAAAAACAUGCCUUAUAGAACGUGCCUGAAAUAUUUUCCUAAGUGUUCGAUGCGCAGGGCCUUACAACUCAACGAUGCAAACGGCAAAACUCGAUUUCAGCAGUAUUUUAGUACCAUUAGACGUCGGCGCGUCUUUCCCAACAAAGGAAAACGAAUGAACAAAACGCGCGUUAGUUUCGUUCGUAAAUUAAUCAAUAAAAAGAAAAACAAUGUCAAAGUUACCAUUGUCAUUUUAAAAUAAAAUUUUAUACACAGUAGGACCUUCAUAUUCGUUAUCCGUGGUUGGAUUGGCAAAGAACUUAUUUCCAUGAAUUAUUUAUUUAUUAUACAGUGCACAAACAGCCGUGGAUUUCAGGUUUGAAAACUGUAAUGUUUUUCUAUAUUUCAGUUUAUAAAAUUCAGCGCGAUUUAAAUUGGUCUAUAAGUAUUGCAAUGAAAAUUUUUAAAACACGUUUGUGCAAUAAUAAUGUCCUGAUGUGUGCGUAAUAAGCUACAAAAAAAAAAAAAGAACAAAAUGGAUCUAUGUUACAGGAUUCGCACAUUUCGGUAUUCUCGUUAUCAAUUUCCCGCGAGUAGUUCUACUCUGACUCUGUAAAUUGAAAUACUUAUUUCUAAUUGUGCCUCAAAGAUUAAUUUACACGCGUGGAACUGACAAACCAUAAUUGAAUUCUCAUCCUACUCAUCUUUCCUCGUCCAAAAUUAUGCUAUCGGAAGAUUGCGUAAUAUCUUGUAUCUAGUAUCGGUUCGAAGAAUAAGGUUAGGUAAUCUCUAACAACUGUGCCCAACAGCUAGAGAACGAAAUCGUUGAACAAAAACUCAAGUACUAGAAUGAAAUAUCAAGUAAACGCGGGUUGAACUCGUUCUGGCUGGGAGGAACAGUUGAAAACGACUCCACUUCGCGAUUUUACGACCUAGAAAGUGUAUUUCAAUCACCGCGUCGCCUCGAUCCCGAUUCGUGGUACCGACGACGAACAAUAAAGUAGAAAUCGAUGGGCGGAUCUGUGCGGUUGUCGAUCGACUGACUGAAUCUCGUUCUCGGCCGGAAGCAACGGAAAACUCAAUAUCAACGACACGAAUCAUUAAGUUUCUCGUCGAGGAAGUUCGAGACAGACCUUGGAAACAUUUUCACGAAACAAGAGAAAUCAUCAAGGAAACAAAUUGUCUUCUCGUUCAAUUUUUGUCAAUUUUUGUCAAAUUAGAAAAGAAAAAAAAGAACAGAAACAGAGUGCAAAGAUUAAACAGAUUAUAGGAGAUUACGCAAAAGAUUGGGAAAUUGUACGAAACGUUAUAUACGAGGAUGAAUUAGUGCUAGACACGUGGGAAAACCGGCAGGAAAAGCAGCUUCCUGUAGCCAGACGAUUUACCAGAGUGACUCUACGAAGCUCGGUGGAAGGCGCCAUCGGCGGGAACCCGCAUGAUCGUUUCCUGCCGAUGGUCGCUGAAAACUGUACCCGGUGAGAAAACGAUCAGCGCGGCUACGAAUUCUGGACUUUCUAAUUGGCGCUCUGACCUUGUAAGUAAGCGGCCCAUUUCGAUUAAUUACACCUGAUCCAGAUCGAAUGGCCAACCGGCGUAGUAUCGUGCGGAUGCUUCUAAAAUUGGCACCUGGAUAGUUACGUGAACGUAAUCCGUUUGAAACGUACGCUGGUAGUGGAAGUUACAUCUUUUUUGUGCUCAUCAGGAGGCGCGUCGGGUUGAAUGAAAUUCGCCAAGUUUUACGGCAUGUUUGUUGAGCAACGGCCCGAUGAUUGGCAAGAGAGGAAACUCGGCAGGGAAACGUGGAAUUACGGUACCAAAGAUCAAAACGAUAGUGAAACUUGAAGAAUGUUUCUCCGAGGGAGGGGAGAAACUUGGCUUUGGAGAUAUGGUAAUUAUCCGCCUUCCCGGCGGGCGGAAGUUGAGGAGAUCGAGCCGAAAAGCAAAAGAGGAAGCUCCGAGGCGAUCGAAUCGACUGCCGGCGCGAUACUAGUAGCGCAGGUGCAGAGUUGCACGAUGCAGCGGCGGCGAGCCACGCGGUCGCGAGAUCCUCUUGACCUUGGUGAACGCGAUCGACGAGCAGUUAAGCCGAAAGCGCGUCGAGAAAAGGGUUGGGCGGUUCUUCUUUCCCAAGGAAUCCGAGGAAACGGUGGUCCACUGAAUCUGAACAGUGUGACGCGUGAGAAACCAUUUGCGCUUUCUAGUUUGGAAUGUCGAGGAUCAUCUGAAUUAUAGGUGUUGCUGAAAUGCUGGAUGAAAUGCGAACCAAUGACUGCGACCUUGAUAAGGAAUCAAAACGCGUUGCGACAAACAAAUGUGAUAAGCCUAAAAGAUCGUUGACUCAACGUUGAACGAGAAAUUUAGACGAAACAUUGAAACUACAAAGUCAGAAAAAUCUAGGGAAACUGGGGAAAUGGGAAGGAAAAAAAGAGACGCGUGUACACGACGCGUGUAUUUACAAAAUCCAUUUUAAGAGCGAGCCAAUUUCGUAAGGAGAUCGAUGCAACGCGUUACGAGGACGUGGCCCAAGGUGUGACUAAGCUUCUACGGUGUGUGGACGUCUCUCUCCGUGCGAACGAAGCCACGAGAGAGGAUGGCAGGGCCCUGUUUUUCUUGCCUCACGCAUACGAUCCGGCCGACGAUGGCCUCGGACCUCUGUUGCGUUACACUUUUGCCACGCCCCGAUCGGACGGGCAAGCUCAUCGCGAAAGUGAAACGCAAUAAAGGAGCCACGCCGGAGCGAGAGAGCCUCGACAUCCAUGAAACUGUUAACGGAGAAAUACAGCCGAGAGAAGGAACGAUCCGGCGUGUCCUCAGCGAUUCAGACGGAGAGAGAACGGUCGAACGAGGAGGAGGGAAGAUCGAUGGAAACCUCAAAGCUUGGAAAUCGAUUUCUUCGCCAGCUUCCACAGUUGCCGAUCGAACGGCAUUUCAACCGAAAUUCCUCAGUCGAUCCGCAAUCUCCUCGCGUCUCUGCCUUCGUUUUCUUUGAGAAACACCACUCACAAACGAAUCUUCUUUUCAUUCUAAAUCAUAUCGCGACAACAUCGUGACAGAAGCGUCAUCCACUUUCCAGGAAAAUGGACGAAUCUCUCUGUGGGAUCGCCACCAGUUUCCACGCUAGGCAACACGCCGACCAGUUCCCCGGCAAAAAAAGAAGCCGCGAAAUUUCUCGAAGACGAGUCUACCCGCGAAAUUAUCUACCCGUUCUCACGUACACCGGCGCUCGCUUUUUCGAUCUCAUCUCGUUCCAGUUGUGUACGCUUGUGAUUUCACUGGACAGGUCGGCCCGAUUCGAAUUACGACAGCCUCGUGUUACGAGGCAGGAAAAAAACGUCGUACGAAAAACACGCGGCGAGAAAACGCGCGUCCGCGUCCACUCUAGAAAAACCCUGCUAGAAACUCCGAUUCCAUCGUGCCGUACGAACAACUCGCCGUUACCUUUCGAUUCCAAGAAACGAUCGAGCGGAUCACCCUCCGUCCUACACCCUGUUUUCCGAUCAUUGUACAUACAUAACGUGUUCAACGAUACGAAUCACAUUAACGAAUUAUAAUAUAAUAUAAUAUAUAUGUACCUAUAUAGCUGCUAGAAUUUGAAACGAGGCUCAAUUUAGUUAGUCGAUGUCGUCACAAAGAUAUUAAGUUCAUCGGGAGUUCCGCGAGAUCUACGAUUGCCAUUGUCACGUUUGACGAGCCGUACUCCGAGAUCGAACUCGUUAACUGGCGAAUUGCUAGGUGCAGCUAAUCCCGCCAACAAAUUUGCGUGCAAUUUCAACGAGGAAUCUCAUCUCUCAUGUGUGUUCGUCUGUCGACCAUGGACUUGAAGGAAAACUGGUCCGGCGAAUGAUCGACGAUUGAUAUUAAUUGAAAUAGGGCGUUCUCACUGAAUAACUAAUAGUCAGCCGCGCGCAAGGUGUACCAAGCGGAUCGUGAAAGAGUACCGUUUUUUUUUUUAAUUUUUGAUAUAUGUAUAAACAUAGAGAUCUAUAUAUGUGCGUGCGUGUGUGUGUGUAAAUCGUACGACGAUUGUGAUUUCACCGAGGUUACCGAGUUAUACGUAUUUACCGUUUAACCACAAACACGGCGCCGUCAGCCGACCAAGCUAUCAAGCGCUCGUUACCUUUUAGAACCGCUAGUUCGUAAGUGUCCAUCGCAGAUGUCCAUCCACGCUCAGUUUUGUCUCGUAUUUCCUUUUUUCUUUCCUCCGUCUUUCUUUUACAUAGUCAAAUUCGGAGGGGACCUAACGUCAAUCGAAUCGAAAGGAUCGCCGUCGCCUCGAGAUCGAAUCGAAUCGAAUCCUUUCCCACUAGAUGUGUUGACACUUAGCCAUUUCUUUUUCUUUUCUUUUGUGUCAGAGAUUAUUAAGUUGAACGAACGUGCAUUUUGUUCGUUCGUGUCGAUGAUCUCGUCGUGAGAACGAAAAUUAUUCGCCCCUUUACUUACGGACAAUUUUCGAUCUUAAGUGCUCCUAUUUUUUUUUUUUUUUUUUUUUUUACUCGUUAAGAAAAAAAAACACAUACACACAACUCUCUGUUUAGCCCCGUAGUCACGCGUCCUGUAGAAUAUAGUGGUGAACUGUAUAUAUGUUUAUAUGUAAUAUUCAAUUUUUGAAAAAUAUAUAUAUAUAUAUAUGUAUGUAUGUAUGUAUGAAUGUACACAUACAGAAAAGAGAGAGAGAAACGAA